AUGAUAAUCGAAUUUUUAAAAUCCGUAAUAUUUAAGCAACAAAAUAUGACGGAUCAUGGGAAUAUAAAGAUGGAGUUUGCUGCUCAAAUUCGGAAUCAUGAAUGCGUUACUGCAAUUACCGAUGCACUUUCCGGUGCCGGCGAUCUCGAGAUUGAUGCCAAAAAGGGUAGUGUGCUGAUUGAAACGAACCUUCCGUGGUUAGAGGUUCAUAGACGCAUCGAAGCAACAGGACGACGUGCUGUGUUGACGGGCUUUGGAGGUCAGUCGGCAGUGGCUAUAGUUGACCAUGGUAAUGAAACUACCAACGUACGGGGCUUGAUUCGAUUUUGUACACUCUCAAGCGUAUCUGGUACAAAAGGAGCGGUUGUUGAUGGCACGAUCGAUGGGCUGGAACGAAACAGUAGCUUCCACCUGAACGUCCACGAGUGCGGAGAUAUUUCGCAAGGAUGUAGUUCAGUUGGUGAGGUGUACGAUUCCAGUGCGAUCAGCUCGGAUGAAAAUGGAAGGGCUACGAUACGCUUCGUAAACGAUAGGCUGGAGGUUGACGAUCUUAUUGGUCGAUCCGUUGUAAUCGCACAUUCCACAGGCGAACAAGAAAAGCGGCUAAGCUGCGGAAUCAUUGCACGAUCAGCUGGAAUUUUCCAAAACUAUAAAAAAAUAUGUGCAUGCGACGGUGUGACAAUUUGGGAUGAACGGAACAAGUCCAUCGCAGCAGAGACAGCACGUGAAGAAUCGCAAUCGAAGAUAUAG